AUGGUUUCAGGUUCCGGCGCAUGCGCAAAGCGAGUCGUGGUGGAUGCUCGCCACCACAUGCUCGGUCGCUUGGCAUCGAUCGUAGCGAAGGAGCUUCUAAACGGACAGAAAGUUGUGGUUGUUAGAUGCGAAGAGAUAUGCAUCUCCGGUGGCCUCGUCAGGCAGAAAAUGAAGUACAUGAGGUUUCUUCGUAAACGGAUGAACACGAAGCCGUCUCACGGUCCUAUUCAUUUCCGUGCUCCGUCGAAGAUUUUCUGGAGGACUCUUCGAGGAAUGAUCCCACAUAAGACGAAGCGUGGGGAAGCUGCUCUUGCUCGCCUAAAGGUUUAUGAAGGUAUUCCACCUCCAUAUGACAAGAUCAAGAGAAUGGUCGUCCCAGAUGCACUUAAGGUAUUGAGGCUUCAGAAAGGUCACAAGUACUGUCAUCUUGGACAACUUUCAUCUGAAGUAGGAUGGAACUACUAUGAUACCAUAAAGGAAUUGGAAAAGAAGAGAAAGGAAAGAUCAGCAUUGGUUUAUGAGAGAAAGAAGCAGCUCAAUAAAUUAAGGGUGAAGGCUGAGAAAAUUGUCGAAGAGAAGCUUGGCGCCCAACUCGAAAUACUUGCUCCUGUCAAGUACUGA